CUGGAAACUUUCUCACAGACCUCAUUCCUGAGCAAGGGGCAGUCCCCAGGCGCCUGUUGUGUGAAGCCUGUAAUGUGUGAGCUAAAGAAAUAGAAGACAUUCUCGCUUGCUGUCCUGAUGCCAGGAGGAUCUGGUGCCAGGCUUCGACAAUUGCAUUCAACACAGAGGAACGUGGAUUACGACUCUGCUACAUUUUCCUAAGAAGAACCAACUGCAGCCUUUACCAGGAAGAGGGCGUUUUGGCUCUGCUUAUACUAUUAAACCUGUGUCUGCAGACUGGAAAUUUUCCUGUUUAGUUGUGGUCAGCGAAUAUUGUGGUAUCUCUUUGCUUUAACAAACUUGCAAAUGAAGCAAAAUCCAACACAGUUGUUGCUAUGGCUGUUGAUGUUCCUCUUUGAUACGGUGCCGUUCAUCUGUGAGAAAUCAAUGAGAGACAGAGCUAUCAAUCUGAUGCGAGAUACACGUUUAAUUGAUGGCCACAAUGACUUUGUGCUACGGCUGAGAAUGUUUUACCAAAAUAGAAUCAGUAAAGUCAACUUAAGAGAAAUCAACAAGACCCACACGAACCUUCUGAAACUUAAGGCUGGUUAUGUGGGAGCUCAGUUUUGGUCAGUGUAUGUUCUUUGCAGCGCUCAGAACAAGGAUGCUGUGCGUCUGACCUUAGAGCAAAUUGAUGUUGUCAAGAGGAUGUGUAACAGCUAUGAAGAGCUUGAACUUGUAACAACUUCCCAAGGUAUCUCUGAGAGUAGGAAGAUUGCAUGUUUGAUUGGAAUAGAAGGUGGUCACUCCAUUGACAGCAGUUUGGCAGCAUUGAGGAUGUAUUAUGACCUAGGUGUUCGUUACAUGACUUUAACACAUUCCUGCAAUACUCCUUGGUCUGAAUCUUCAUCUAAAGGAAUACACAACUUUUAUCCUAAUGUUGUUGGUUUGACUGCAUUCGGCCAAGAAGUGGUAAAGGAAAUGAAUCGUCUGGGUAUGCUGAUAGAUUUAUCUCAUACUUCAUAUUCCACAGCAAAAACUGCACUACAUAUCUCAAAAGCACCAGUAAUUUUCAGCCAUUCUUCUGCAUUUUCUGUUUGUAAUCACUCCAGAAAUGUUCCUGAUGAUAUUCUCCAGAAGCUGAAAAUGAACAAGGGGAUUAUUAUGGUGACAUUCAAUGCAGAUGUGCUGGCCUGUGGCAGAAAAGUUGUUAAUAUUUCUACCGUAGCAGAUCAUUUUGACCACAUAAAGAAAAUUGCAGGUUCAGAAUCAAUAGGGAUUGGUGGUGACUAUGAUGGAGUGGAACGUUUCCCUGAGGGACUGGAAGAUGUUUCGAAAUACCCUUCUUUGAUUGAGGAACUUCUUAGAAGAGGGUGGAAUGAAACUGAACUAAAAGGGGUCUUAAAGGAGAACUUCCUCCGUGUCUUCAGGGAAGUGGAAAAUGUGCGGAACAAUAGUAGAGGACGGAUGGAUGUGGGUGAGAGUGAAAUCCCUUAUGAAGAAGUACAAAAUUCCUGUCGCCUAGACCUACGUAAUAUUCAGAUUCAACCUGACAGGUCUUUUGGAUUUCCUUCAAUGGCACAGUCAUUCAGUCUAUCACUUGUAUUUGUACCGUAUUUAAUACUAUAUUAUUAUUUAUAAUAUCGAGGAUUCUGGAGACAAUGAAGAAAAUUAAUGCCACUAGUUACCUUUUGAGGGGCGAGCUGCUAAUGUAGACCAAGGCUGGAAUAUUUAAUAUUGUUUCCGUACUUUCACCUGCACACUUGGAAGUUAGUGUAGAUUUUAAAUGUUGUGGCAAAAGCAUUUAGAAUUAGAAGUGAGAAAUUCUAUCACCCUGAUCAAACCAGGACCAACUUUGUAAAUAGAAAAGAGUUGUGCUUAAUAAAUAAAUCCUUUAAUACAUGAUACAUUAUUUUGGUAUACAUGUUGUGGCAUUUGAUGUAAUACCAGGGCCUAGAAUCAGCAGUACCACACAGGCUUUAGUGGACAUGAUUAUGACAUUGAGACAGCUGUACCAGAAUUUUGUCAAAUAUAACUUCUUUUUACAUGGUACAGGAGUCUUCACUGGUCAGAGAAGACACCCCCACCCUAGUAGGAGUAGAAGAGUGGUUGUGUUUUUUGGUUUUUGUUUUUAUUUUAGACGACAAACUGGAUAAUGUAGAUACUUGAAUUCAGUUUUCAUACCUACAUCUAGCUUUAGAGAACCAUUCUGCAGUACUAAACUCAUUUUUGAGCCCUGGCCAGUACAAUGAGCAGCUGGAGAAUUACUGAAGGGAGAAGGUAGGUGUCUCAUUCAGAUGUUAGCAGAAUAAAGGAACAGAUGUUCAGGUAGUGUUGUAGGUACUCUUGUUUAAUUUAAGGAUAAUGUCAAACAGGAACAGAAUUGAAACAGCAAGUCAGUUUUUCUCUAGAAUAACUUGAGGCUGUUCCUGCCAUCUAUUCCUGCAUACAUGUACAAGUAGUGUUUCUGGAGGAAGACAGUUCCUGCUGUUGCUUCAAAAUGAAGCUUAAUUAGCUUGUCUGAUAGGGUGGUCUCAUAGAUAAGUAUAUUCUGAAUAUGUUAGAGGCAUUUAAAGAAUUAUUUGCAAGUCAUGUUGAAUAUUUUAGUGCAAACAAGCCAAGUUUUUAAGAAUAGUUUCUCAACAAAUACUGAGACUAUUUAUGGAUAUACAGUGGAGAAUUUCAGCACAAGUUUUGUCUUCUCAAUACUGCUUAACUGGUAUCACAUUGUUUUUAAAGCAUGUGAUACUGGUCAAAUGAUGAAUGCAAUAAUGUAGAUAUUUACUUCUCAUUCUUACUUCUGCUAAUAGCUUCAUAAGCUGCUGGAAAACUGCCACCCAUGGUCUCUGUUCACAAAGAUAGUACUGUGAUAGUAAGUUAAUUGCAUAUCUGAAAUGUAAGAUGCCUUUUUAUUCCUGUGUUGUCAAUUUCCUGCCUAAUUUCUACUUUUUUCCCAUUACUGAAGCAUGGAUUCAAAAUACAUUUGUCUGCUUGAAGGUGUGGAUAAUACUUUUGUAUCACUCUGAUUUCACCAUAAUAUAGGUAAUUGUGGUUUACUUCCUUGUUUUAUUUGUAGUGUAUUUGUGCUUAUUUUCUUACUUUUGGGUAACAUUUAAUUUGUAACCUUGUGGAAAACUAUGAAAUUAAAUAAAAUAUUGUUUAAAAU